AUGAUCUACAGGGACCGAGGACUAAGGCGGCACGGAGUGCGUCGUGCGGAGCACCAAAGAUGGAUAUACGGGACGGAUCCGGCACAAGGGGCUGUGGUUUCCAAGACUCUCAGCAUUAAAGAACAAUCGUGUCCAGCCCGGAAACAUGUCUGGUACAAAUACUCCGAACUUCCAUGGAAAGCUUCGGACUUCUCGGUAGGUAGGUUACGUGCUCCAUUAUAUACCAAAGAGUCAAGAGUCAGUGAGCCAGCGUGCAUUGCAGUCAAGUCCAUUUCUUGUCGGCUGGACAUUUCGCUGGACCCCUGUUUCACUUUAUGA